AUGGCGCCGCCUGGACAGCUCCCUCGCGUCCGCUCGGCGGAGGCGUCAAUCGAGAAGGGCCGCGCAGCCUACGCGGACCAGCGCUUCCGCGUCGCCCUCGAGCACUUCACCCUCGUCGCCGGGAACUGCCCAUGUUCGUCACCCUCGGGAGGAGGGCCUACCUCUUCAGGUGGAGGCUCAGGAAGUAGUUCCGGUGGUCGUACUUCUCGAAGUCUCAAAGGGCUCGGGGCCGCAGGUUCUAGAGGUGGUGGAGGUGCAGGUCCUGACGGCGGAGACGCCAGCGGGAACGGACACAGUCCCGCGCAGCAGCGUCGCCGGCGGGAAAGGUGUACGUGCCGCGACUUUGCUCAAGCGGCGGCCCGGCACCGCCGCGAAAGGGGCAGCGUAUACGCGGAGGCCACUAAGGAGUGCAAGUGUGGCGCCGAGAAGACGUGGGGCCGGUGCCACCGUGAGGGCCACGUCCAGGCGCUCGACUACCGGGCUGCGUGCUUUGAGAAGAUGGGAAAGCUGGAUAUGGCGCGCAGGGAUGCGGAGUGGCUGUUAGAGAUUGCGCCCCGGCGGUUGGAGGGGUACAUGAGGCUGGGGAAGAUAUACAAGUUGGAGAAGAAACACGAAAUGGCGUGGGCUGCGUGGAGUGCCGGUAUCGAGGUUGGACAAAAGGAAAGUCUCACGAGAACGACUAAAUAUGAACCACCAAGAGUCUCCUUCCUGAAGACGUUACGGAAGCGGACCGGCGGUGGCGCCCGCAGCCUCGUCAUCCCCAAUGCGCAUGCCUUCCAACUCAACGAGACAAAGUGGCUGUCACUCAUCCAGACCACGAACCCGCGCAUGAUGACGCGCCUCGAGAUCGGCGCUAUCAAGCGUAACCUUGAGAGCGGCGACUGGGGCUACAAGCUGCCUCCCAAGCCGCUCUUCUUUGAAGGACUCACGCACCUCGGCUUCAGCUUCCGUGUUGACAGGCCGAAUUACCAAAGCACCGGCGGUGCCCAGCCCUUUGUAAGGCAGUUUGUCGAACGUGCCCGGGAGAAUAUCGAGAGGAUAUCCCUCUUCAGCAUGCACCUCAACGACCUGGGCUGGCCGGAGCUGCCCCGACUCAAGAUCCUUCAGUUGACCGGUCCGCUGACUUCGACAUUGAAUCAGCUGACCCCUGAGCGCCGAAUUGACCCCAACCCGCAGUUCGCUCUCGCUCGCUCAACGCCAAAUCUAGAGCAAAUACACAUGGAUAAUUUUGGCGUGUUCACCGGCCUGGACUCACUCGCUCCGCCAGAAGACUGCUGGUCCCUCUGGCCGGGCCUUCAGGUUAUCAAGCUCGGCAAGGCGUGCGGCGCCCUCUCCAUGGGCGACAAGCGCCACUUCCCGCCGCUGCACCCGUCCUCCUUCCGCGUCCUCGACGCCCGCGCCGCGCUCCAAUCCAACCACGGCGACUGGCUGCCCCAGCAGCUACCCCUCGACUACUCGGGCUACGAGGCUGCCGAGUCCCUCGUCACCUACCCCAACCUCGAGCGCUUCUGGAUGCCGAAAUUGCCCCUGAGCGUCGAUCUCGCAACCGUCCUCCUCGAGCCCGCCGUCCGCUCAGGCAGGCUACGUGAGCUCGGCCUCUGCUGGCGCCAGGAACCGGGCCAAUUCUUUCCCGGUGCGCUCGACUGGCUCCGUGGCAGCGUCUCGGUCCGCACAUUCGGCUUCUUCAAUUUUGAUUUCGAGUCCCACGAGAACCUGACGCGGGAUCCGGCACAGAGGGGACGCGGCAUCGACUCGGUCGAUCUCCUCUUUGGGUUCCUCCAGUCGUUCCCCAACCUCGAGGUUCUCGAGCUGCACUCAGACCUGUGCGACCCGAUGCGCCUCGGCGCCAUCAUCGAGCGCGUCGCGAUCCUGGGCAGACUAAAGAAGGUGUACCAGCGCGCGCUGACGGGGGUGGCGAUGGAUCAGCUGAGGACCUUUUGCGGCGCUCAUGGGGUCGAGGUUGUGUAUGGGAGUUGGGAAGCUGAGUUUCCCGUGCCUUUGGAGCCUUUGGCUCCCGUGGAGGCUGAGAUUGGCGAGUGA